UUCUCAUCCACGGAAAAAUAUAUCUCCUCCCCUUAUGUGCGCGCGCGUAUAUAUAUUCUCCAAGAUUAUUACAUUAUUGUUACAAUACAAGAGCUACUACAACUAGCUCUCAAAUUACAAACCUUGAAAUGCAUUCAGGAACCCCCCUUCAGCUCUCUGUUCUGCUCCUGUUGGUAAUGCAAUGCUCUUCUCAACCAAGUGGUCAGAAUGGACUGGGAAAUGUUGAUAUCGGAGUAAUUCUCGAUCUCGACUCCUAUGUGGGGAGGAUGAGCAAGACAAGCCUUGAGAUGGCGGUCAAGGAUUUCUAUGGAACUCACCAGAACUAUACCACAAGGUUGGUGCUUCACUCCAGAGAUUCUGGGAGCGGUGUCGUGGAGGCUGCCUCUGCAGCCAUAGAACUUCUAAAGAACAAGAAGGUUAAAGCAAUCCUAGGUCCUCAAAAAUCAAGCCAGGCAGACUUCAUCUCCGAAAUUGGGAACAAGACCCAGGUCCCUAUAAUCUCUUUCACCGCCACGCUGCCUUUAGUUUCACACAUCGAAACGCCCUACUUCAUUCGAGUGGCUCGAUCAGACACCUAUCAGCUACAAGCCAUCACUUCCAUUGUGAAAUCGUUCCAUUGGCAUCAAGUGGUACCCAUCUAUGAUGCGACCAAUUACGGCAGUGGAGUCAUUACUUAUCUUUCCGAUGCCUUGCAAAAGGUUGGCGUGACCGUCCCCCACGGGUGUGGGAUCUCUCCUUCAGCCACUGAUGAUCAGAUCCUUAAGGAGCUGUAUAAAUUGAUGACGAUGCAGACUCGGGUUUUUGUGGUUCACAUGCUUCCUUCUCUCGCUUCCCGAGUCUUCUUGAAGGCGAAUGAAGCAGGCAUGAUGAGCAAAGGAUAUGCAUGGAUUGUUACGGACGGGAUCACAAGCCUCUUGGAGACUAUGGACAACCCUGUGAUCGAUUCCAUGCAAGGAGUGAUCGGGUUGAAGCCAUAUAUUGAGAAUUCUACAGAGUUGGUGCAGUUCACUGAGAGAUGGAAGCAAAAGUUUUCACAGCAGAAUCCCAACAUCGAUCGGAUUCAAUUAAGUGCUUUUGGUUUGUGGGCGUAUGAUACUAUUUAUGCUCUAGCACGGGCUGUGGAAAGUGUUAACAAUAUAGCAGAUUCGAGAUUUACACAAUCGGUUGCAGAAAAUAAUCUUACUGACCUUGCCUCAAUCGGGAUCUUUCAAUCAGGACCCAAACUGCUUUGGUCUAUGCUGAACACAGAAUUCAAGGGGUUGAGCGGUGAGUUUCGCCUGAUAAACGGGCAGUUACCUGUUUCUUCCUUUCAGAUAGUCAAUUCGGUAGGAAAUACAUCAAAAGAAAUCGGGUUCUGGACAGAAAAUGGCGGCAUCACAAAGCAGCUUAACCCAGACACUCGGACUUCAGAUAACAGUGGUCUUAGGACAGUUAUCUGGUCAGGGGGAUCGGUCGAGAUACCUAAGGGCUGGGAGAUUCCAACGAAUGGGAGAAAGUUAAAGGUUGGACUGCCAGUGAAGAGCGGGUUUUACCAGUUCAUCAAUGUGGAGAGAGAUAACUUCACGAAUGCUCCCAUAGUUACGGGGUACUGCAGGGACAUCUUCGAAGCGGUGAUGAAAGCCCUGCCCUUCGGGGUCCCAUUUGAGUAUGUUCCAUUCGAGACCUCCGAAGGAAGUGGUGAGAGUAAAGGAAACUAUGAUGAUCUCGUCCAUGAAGUCUCUAGAGAGGCGUAUGACAUUGUCGUGGGGGACAUUACUAUCUUGUUGAAUAGGUCGCUCUAUGCAGAAUUCACGCUCCCUUAUACAGAGUCGGGUGUUUCGAUGAUUGUCCGGGUCAAAGGGGAUGCUAAGAAAAAUGCAUGGAUCUUCACCAAGCCUCUGAAGAUGGAGCUCUGGAUAACUAUUGGGGCGUUCUUCGUGUACACAGGAAUCAUUAUUUGGGUUCUCGAGCACCGUGUGAACACGGAGUUCCGAGGGACCCCAGGGAAGCAGAUUGGGAUGAUUCUCUGGUUCUCCUUCUCCACGCUGGUCUUCGCACACAGAGAAAGGGUGAUGAGCAACCUGACGAGAUUCGUCCUGAUAGUAUGGGUCUUUGUGGUUCUUGUGUUGAGCUCAAGUUACACAGCAAGUUUAACCUCGCUCCUAACGGUACAGCAGCUCCAACCCACAUUCACGGACAUUGACAAUCUCAUAAGGAAUGGUGGGUCCAUAGGAUACCAGGAAGGCUCUUUUCUCUACGGGGUUCUCAAGGAAUCCAUCGACGAAUCUAAGCUCCAAGUCUUGAGGACUGCGGAGGAUUAUAACGAGGCUCUAUCUAAUGGAUCAGUGUCUGCCAUUGUGGAUGAGCUCCCUUAUCUUAGGUUCGUCCUAUCACAGUACUGUUCCAAGUUCAGGAUGGUCGGUCCAACCAACAGGACUGCCGGUUUUGGAUUCGCAUUUCCUAAGGGCUCUCCACUAGUUCCUGAGAUCUCAAGGGCGAUCCUGAAGGUGACCGAGUCGAAGGAAAUGAAUGACAUCACGGCAUUUUGGUUCAAGAGCAAGUCAGAAUGCUCGGAGCAAGAUGAGACAACCGUUGUGUCAAACAGCCUGAGCCUAAACAGUUUUAAAGGCCUGUUCUUAAUUGCCUGGGUCUCAUCAACCACGGCCCUGGCGAUUUUCUUGGUGAAUUUCUUGUACGAGAACAGGGAGAUCCUAACCUCGCGAGCCCCCAUACCACAGAAACUCACAGCCAUAGCAAAGACCUUCAAUGAGAAGAAGGAAGAUGCAGAAGAGGCCAAGAAGAAGGAGAAAGAACAGCAGGAAACCGAGAUGAGCGACAUCAAUGAUGUUCCUCAAGGUUUCAUGUAUGAUCCUACUAGUCUGAGCCCCCGGGCUAUCAGCCUAGCCCAGCACGAAGAAGGAAUGUUUUCACCAGAUGAAGGUCUGUCGUCCACGGAACCAGGGACUCCAUACCAUGAAAUAGCCGUUACAAGGGCUUCCGAAGAAGAUAGACAGUAACUGACUGAAGUUGAGCUCUCACACUCGCCCACUGAUAAUGCUUUGCACGGGGCGGUUCGGUGCAAGUAGGGAAAAUAUUUUCGGGGAUCCGAAGUGGUCGGGUUUUUCAUUUUAAAAACAUCCCCAAGAACCGAAUCCGAAAUCAAGACGGGAACCGACCCUCCAUGGUCAGGUUUUUCGGGGUUGAUUCUCGGAUAACUCGAAUGCAACAAAUAUUUAAAGGGAAUAUUUGGCACCCGGUUCGGUUCUAGGGUCGAACAACCCGGUCGGUUCAAGGUUCAACAUUUGUUCACUCAACUAACAAUUUAUGGUACAUUCCUACUAUUCAUUAAAAAAAAUUGUAUAUUCCUACUACACGAAUUCAGAUAGAUUUGGCUA